AACCAUCAAAUCAACAAAGGCUGAAGAAAAAAACAAAUCGUCAUGUUUCAGCCAUUGGAGAUGUUUAUGGAAUACACCUCAGUGCAUGGUCUCGGACGCAUCGCUACUGUGAAACAUAUACUACACAAACUGUUGUGGACCGUUCUCUUUCUUGCCUCUCUCGGAAUGUGUAUAUACCAGGUUACUCGUUUGGGACAGCAAUUCGUUUCUAACCCGAUCAGCACCACCAUUUCACUUAAAUAUGAACCUCAGGAUUUCCCGUCUGUCUCCAUAUGUAACCUCAACCCUGCACAAUUUUCCAAAAUUGUUGGGAUCCGGGAAUUUCACCACAUCCUGCAUGAAUCUUCCGAUCACGGUGGUAUACCAUUAGAAAGAUUUAGAAACUUAAGUGGACUGACAUUUCCGCUGCCGAACUUCACAUAUACAGCAGACGAAAACUUCAACCUCAAUCAGUACGACCAUCCCCUCGGCAUGGCGAAGAAGCUGUUUGAAGCUCGUUUGGCGAACAUGCCCAUUGGAAAUCUAACUGCCCUGAACGACAAGUUCGAGUUGUUCAUAUUGGACUGCAAAUAUAGAGGAAACAAAUGUAACGAGCAGAAUUUCACCGUUGUUCGCGAAGGCCAUCGCAUAUGUUACAAAAUGAACAAUGAUUUGUUCUAUACAGAAACUGCUGGCCCUGAUGACGGACUUGAACUGAUCAUAUCUGUUGGACAAUCGGAAUUCAUUCCUUUGGUGACUGAAUCUGCUGGAGUGCGAGUGAUUAUACAGGAUGACGGCGCUGACAUAUUCUCUGGAAACGGCUUCAAUCUUCCCACCGGUUUCGAAAUCGACAUAGGCGUUUCGGUGUCUGAGACAUACAGAGAGGCGGGGCCAGAUCAGCGCUGUGAGGAAAACAGUCUCUGGCAAAGAAAAUUGGCUUGUUUGAUGAACUGUUCCAUUGCACACGCAACAAAAUACUGUCGGUGUGCACCAUACCAUGGCUACAGCGUGGAAAUCGAAGACACGUGUAUUACAGUGGAAGAUAUGAAAUGCUUAAAAGAUGAGACUGACUCGAUGCUGAAGAGUGAAACCUGUGCAGCCUGCAAGUUUCCGUGUUUCGAGAAAUCCUACAAAACACCCGUUUCGAUGUCGAGAUGGCCAUCUGAUGCUUACAGGGAAAUCCUGGCAGUGGACUACAACUGGGGGGACAAAGUUGAUAAAAUCAGAGCGGAUUUCAUGCGGCUUCGGGUGUAUUUCUCAACAAUGACCAAAGAAAUUAUCAAGGAAGAACUUUCUUACACGUCAGAGAACUUCGUCAGCGACAUUGGAGGGCAGCUUGGCUUGUGGGCGGGUCUGUCUGUACUGAGUCUUGCCGAGGUGGUUGAGCUUCUUGUUCUUUUGCUGCCGAACUUCACAUAUACAGCAGACGAAAACUUCAACCUCAAUCAGUACGACCAUCCCCUUGGCAUGGCGAAGAAGCUGUUUGAAGCUCGUUUGGCGAACAUGCCCAUUGAAAAUCUAACUGCCCUUAACGGCGAGUUCGAGUUGUUCAUAUUGGACUGCAAUUAUAGAGGAAACAAAUGUUACGAGCAGAAUUUCACCGUUGUUCGCGAAGGCCAUCGCAUAUGUUACAAAAUGAACAAUGAUUUGUUCUAUACAGAAACUGCUGGCCCUGAUGACGGACUUGAACUGAUCAUAUCUGUUGGACAAUCGGAAUUCAUUCCUUUGGUGACUGAAUCUGCUGGAGUGCGAGUGAUUAUACAGGAUGACGGCGCUGACAUAUUCUCUGGAAACGGCUUCAAUCUUCCCACCGGUUUCGAAAUCGACAUAGGCGUUUCGGUGUCUGAGACAUACAGAGAGGCGGGGCCAGAUCAGCGCUGUGAGGAAAACAGUAUCUGGCAAAGAAAAUUGGCUUGUUUGAUGAACUGUUCCAUUGCACACGCAACAAAAUACUGUCGGUGUGCACCAUACCAUGGCUACAGCGUGGACAUCGAAGACACGUGUAUUACAGUGGAAGAUAUGAAAUGCUUAAAAGAUGAGACGGGCUCGAUGCUGAAGAGUGAAACCUGUGCAGCCUGCAAGUUUCCGUGUUUCGAGAAAUCCUACAAAACACCCGUUUCGAUGUCGAGAUGGCCAUCUAAUGCUUACAGGGAAAUCCUGGCAGUGGACUACAACUGGGGGGACAAAGUUGAUAAAAUCAGAGCGGAUUUCAUGCGGCUUCGGGUGUAUUUCUCAACAAUGACCAAAGAAAUUAUCAAGGAAGAACUUUCUUACACGUCAGAGAACUUCGUCAGCGACAUUGGAGGGCAGCUUGGCUUGUGGGCAGGUCUGUCUGUACUGAGUCUUGCCGAGGUGGUUGAGCUUCUUGUUCUUUGGGUAACUCAUUGCUGCAAGAAGAAAAGCAGGACCAAUCACUCAGAUAUACCGCAAAAACACUCGGUCUCGGAGGAAUCCUAAAAGGUCAACUAGGAAGUGUUUGACUGGUCAGAAAUAGGGAAGAUUUUGGACAUCUCAACUUGCAGUUCGGCGUAUGAAUGUUUUUAACUUUUAUCGUGUUAAGCGCACACCUUUUUACCGAUAAUCAAACAACAUCUAUAACUUCAUGUCUAAUUUCAAGGAAAAAAUCUGUUGAGGAUUAAAGGGAUAAUACACAUACAUUUUGAACACAAGCAUUAAGGAGUGGGAUUAGUCUUACUAAAGCGCUAUACUGUGUAACAUGGAACGUUCGCUGUAUAAAU